UUGGGAGGUGACGCGGUUUGGAGAAGCUCGUGCAGCUCUGUUGCAAAAUAUCUUCGCACAUGCGCAGUGAAGGGGAACUGAAUCCGACUACCUGUGUAACAUAAAUAACAAUUAAAAGGGAAACUUAGAGUUCAGUUUUACUUUAUUCUAUCAUAUCUUAGUCAUAAACACAUGUUUGUUUUGUUCGUAAUGUGAUAGUUAUUUUGCUUCAUCUGAAACGAAACGCGUCCUCGAGCUGCUUCCUCACUGAAGAGAUUUAAUCUGAAUGAAAUCAUUUAUUAAUGAAGUCCAUUAACUGUGUGUAUUAUUAUUUAAAGCGAUGGAGCGGAAGCACAGAGCUCUUCUCCAGGCUCACAGGCUGCUCCUAUGCGAUCAGCUCGUAGUGGAUGAUACGAUAGUUCACUACUUAUACCAGGAGAACAUUUUAACUGAGAAUCAGGUGGAAGAGAUUCAGUCUCAGAAAUCCAACAGAAAUAAGACGCUGUUGCUGCUGCGUUUCCUUCCAACCCGCGGCCCCAAUGCUUUCAACGCGUUUGUCCAAUCCCUCGAGCAGGACUUUCCCUGGAUUCAACAGAAACUGCUGCUUUCAGCUCAGGCUGAUGACGAGGAUGAUGGAGGAAGAGGAGCAGCGCUGUCCGACACUACCGCUCAGUUUGACGUUCCCAAACACAUCCUCCAGACAGUUCCCUCUGAUCAGCAGCUUAAUAAACUGGCAGCUCAGCUUGGUUUGGAGUGGGAGAUGGUGCUGCUGGACUUGGGCUUGACAUCAGCAGAGAUCUCCCGCUGCCGUGCAGAUCAUCUACACAGCAGUCACAGUCAGGUGCUGGCAGCCCUGGUGAUGUGGAAGCAGACUCGGGGUCGGAAAGCCACCGUGCAGAGUCUACUUCAGAGCCUACAGAUUUUGGACAUUCAUCCUUCUUUUUUUAACCAAGUCUUUGCCUGCGCCUCUUAGGAGAAUGUGGACCAAACUACCACACAUGCGCACACACACACACACACACACACACACACACACACACACACACACACACUAAACUAAAUGUUUCAUACAGAGCACUGUUGUUGAAAACCAGAGAUUCUUACUUCACUUUUCUUGCUACUUUGUCAUUAUGCAGUGAGGGUUUGCUGAUGUGUGCUGUAUCCUGAACUUUAAGAUUUUAUAAAAUGUAUUCAUUAUAAUAAAUGCAGUCAUUUUAUUUCGACUAA